AUGUGCAGGCAUAUAUAUAUACUUGAAUUAACAUAUGAAAUUUUCUAUUUGAUCAUUCAGUUUAAUAAAUUCAUUGACUAUCUUAAUCCACGACCUGAAUAUAUCCGUGUCAUUAUUGAAUGGCCAAUAAAAUCUUCAAUUCCGGUAGCACACAUUGUUGCAGCAGAUAUUCAAUGUAGUUUACGUUUACACGGUGCUCGACGUUCUGAAGGUUUACUAUGCUUGUCAAGCAAAGCUGAUGCUGAUCUGUCAUUUUUUAAUAUAAAACAAGAUGGUUAUGAUCAACAAGUUGAUCGUUUAUUUUUAUCAUUUUCGGAAGAAAUUUAA